CACGGGCAUGGCGGUGAGACGGUGACACAUUCAGAACACACUGUGAGCUUUGAGUUCCAUCGACAGACGUCGUCCUGACGGAGCUGGGCAAAACAUUUGAGACUGACAUUGCGCGACGCGCUUCACAUAUCAACCACACCCCUUCUCUCCAAUGCCAGACCCCUGUAUGUAUUUUUAGCAGUGAUGUUCACUGUCAACUAAUCUAACGGAAAGAACAGAAAAGAACACGCUCCAGCAAAGAAGAAGAUAACUGGCGUUAAGGCCGUUGAACGUUUAGUCCACGGAAAGCAUCAAGUGAAAUGAAUAUUGAAAAUAAUCUACUGCUUUGCGCGUUGGUGAUCUUUACCAGUUCAUCGGAGAUAAAGGGUCAGAGCAUUUCUUUGCCCCAUGUUGUCACCCCAGGCGCCCUCCAGCAUGAGGGCGUGUCCACUGCAUCCCCAGUCCUCCCAUUGGUCAAUGAAGAUGAGGAGGAGCCAGAGCCAAGUCCUGCCAAACAGACCUCUCCAGACCAAGCGAAUGGAGCCCCAACCAAACCAGCUUUUAUUGACGGCGACAGGCUGCUUCAAUCAGAGUCUGUUACAGAUGCUGGUGACUGGGAUGACAUGGCUGUGACCAAUCAGAUGACCACGUCUCUGCCUGCACCUGCAUACACAGUCAACACCGUUACCGCCACCCAAGACAACGCCACUCUCGCAGACAGUUCCUCCUCCUCGUCCCCUGUAAAGAGCACCUCCCCUGCAGGACUGCCCUCCACCCUAGGGGACACAACCUACCCUGUCCCUGCUGGAGGCCACCUCACCACCUCUACUCCUCCUGUUUUAGAUACCACCCCACCUCCAUCCCAUCUUUUAACACCAAUCCAGUCCUCUGUCCAACCCAGCACCCCAGCACUGACCCCUGCCCCAACCCAAACCCUCACCACGGAGCACCCCAAGACCUCCGCCCCAGUACAUGUCCCUGCCGGCCCGCCUCACCAGGAGGUUCCAUCAGAGCUCACCGUUGGAGAUGAGGACAAAGGGCCACACAUCCACUCUUCUCUGGAUCCUUUGCUGGCUAGCCUGGUCUCUAUAUUUAUCAUCACCACAGCCAUAGUCUCUGUUGUCCUCUUCCUCAAAUUCCGCCAACGGACCGACCAUCCUGACUUCCACCGGCUGCAGGAUCUGCCCAUGUCUUGUCUUCCUGUCCAGGAUGACUUGAUGGAAGGCACACCACUUUCCAGAUACACUUACACCUACUGAUGACGGAAACCUCUCAUCAUCAACAGUCAACUUUACUUCUAGCCCAGCUACACAGCACACCCAAUCGGCCACCGUUUAGGAUCCUGGCAAAGCUUUUGACUGGACUGGAGGCCCUCGGCCAGCGCCCAUGUUGUCUCACUAUGAUUCCCCCUGCUGAGCAGUUUCCAAUUUGAUUGUAUUAUGUUAACAAUUAGAAGGCAUUCAAUACCCAAUCAGGGGUUGCAGUAUUAGGACAUCAGAGGCUCAGUUUCGACAUUAGGCCAAUACCAUCAUUAUUCCCUUUGAAGCUUUCAGACGUUUCAUCUGCACAGAGGUCUGUUUUGUUCUUUGUAAUGUACCCCCCCUCCCCUCCUUAUACAGGUCAUACACAGCACAGACCACUUUAUUGUGUAUUAGAAACCGUCACAGUGCCCUCUAGGGGAUAUCAGUGGAAGUGGAGUUCCCAAAUGAGUUGGUAAUGUAUGAAGAAAAUACAAUGCCACAUUUGAUGUUGUUGCCAAGGACCAUGAUAGAGGGAAAAUAGACAGGGAGUGAAAGAUGCUUACUGUAGAGGGACCUUAGGUGAUUUAAAUGUUCACCAGUCUCCAUGUUAUGGGACUAUUCUAAUCCAUGAACUGGCAAAACAUUUUUUUAAAUUUAUCUAGGCAAGUCAGUUAAGAACAAAUUCUUAUUUACAAUGACAGCCUAGG